AUGAGGUUUUCAAUUGAUGAGCUACUUGAUGAUGCGGAUUCAGUUGGUAUUGAGCACUCUUAUAUUGGGGACGCUGCAGAUGGCAUACAAUUAAAACUUCCAAAGUUCAACUUUGUUAAGAAAGAUAAAAUUGAUGAGCUACAUGAAUCUGUCCAAGCGCAGCUAGCGCAAUUAAACAUAUCAGAUAAAUUACCGAAGAAGUUAUCGAUGAGGUUUCCAGUUAGUACGCUCCAUAAUGCUCCAUCGUUGAGUAGAAAGGCAUCGUCAGAUACUACAGUCCCAUAUAUAAUUGAAGGUGAUAAGAUCAAUGUUCCUGACGGUUUAGAGAUUAUUCAGUUCCUGAAGAAUAAGAUGGCUCGUUUAGAAGAAGACAACAAUGCACAGGUAGAUAAGGUCAUGGCACAGAAGAAACAGUUGAUAGAGGAGCGAAAGCGCAGGGAAAUGGAACUUAAGAAGAAGGAAGCUGAGAAAUUGAAGCAGGAGGAGGAGGAAAAGAGACAGCUACAAAAGCAGAAGGAAGCGGAGCUUGCUGCGAAAGCAGCAGAACAGAGGGCGACUGAGAUGGAGCAACGCAGGCGUGCUGAAGAGGAAAGACAGUUGCACGAGCGACAAAAGCAAGAGCAGCAGGAGCUAGCGAAGCAAGAGGCUAAGAAAGGGAAGUAUGUAACUAGCUUUGCCGCUGUUGAGGCCGCGUUUUUGGAGAAUAAGAAACGAAUUGAGUCAAUAAAGCAUGAUAUUGUCGGGGCAGUAAGCAAAGACGGUAACUUAAAGAAACUACUUGGUGCUCAAAAACGUAAGAUAAACCCUAAGUUUGGUCAGCUCACUAAUAGCACAAAGCAACUUCAUCUCAUUCUAGGCGAAAUGUUUAAGCUAAUUGAUGAGGUGAAACAAAACGAGCUUGCAUAUCAGUGGAUACUGAACUUUAUUUCGAAGGCUAUUGUAUCCCAGGCAGAAACAGAAGUUCGCGUUAAACCGGAGAGUGCAGUACCACUAGCUACUUUGACGCUACAUCUACUUAUGAGGUACGUUGAGCUGAAAGAAUUCUUCCUUGCCCGACUAAUCAAGAAAUGUCCUUUUAUUAUUGGUUUCAGCUGCAAUAUAGACACAGAGGAAGGUAGAAUACGAAUGGGUUGGAAACGUAGUGGCGAUAACAAAUGGGAGGAUGAUACCAGCUAUGAAGAAAGGAUAGGUGGUAUAAUGACUAUUUUUGCGGUAAUCACAAGACUUCCACUACCAGCUGAAUUCAUUAAUUUGAGACAACACCCGCUCUCACUAUCCUAUUCGUGGCAAAUAUUAGCCAGGGUUGCAAACAAGCAGCCUGAAAGCCUAACUAAUACGCAUUUUAUCUUACUUGGAUGCUGGUGGGAUGCGGCUGCCGCUCAAUUCUUACAGUAUUAUGGUUCGCAAGGUGGAAAGCUGUUGAAGCUUAUAGCUUCCGACCUUACAGCGAAAGUGGCAGCGAAAAGAUUUGUUGGCGCAGCUAGAUUACGAAUUCUGCUUGAGGAAUGGGAAACAAAAGGCACUAUAAAGACUUUUUCAGCAAUGGUUGCAUAG